AUGCAAUCUUCUGGAGGAGUUUUGCCCGCCUCUCCUGGUAUGAUGCCCAGGGGAGAUGGCUACCAUCUCCAAUACCAUCAGCCUGCCAGGAGCGUGUUUCCAAACUCCAACGGACUUGCGAUGAAUAACCUAUCCCGCUACUCCAAUUAUCAGACAACACGACCGAUGGAUAUGAACUCGAAUGCACAGGGUGGCACAAUGUUUGGUGCUUCCGGGGGCUUUGUUUUCGACUCACCAGCAUCAAGGCAAUCGAGCUCGGCAAGCCCUGAAGCCCCACCGUUCCACGAAACCACCGUCUUGCACAAUCUGUUGAUAAACAACCACCCUGUGAGGCCGGACAUCAACGCGAAGAUUCACAAGGGGUUCUUCCAGGUGGACGGUAAAUGGACCUGUUACCGGCGAAAUUACUUCUCCCUAUCAUGUUCCUUCACUUUGCGGCCUUGGAUCCAGAUGCAGAGCUCUACUCCAUACAUUCAGCUUUCCAAUGGUACCACCCCGAGGGUCAAAUCAUUUGCCAUGGCCAUUUCUGCAGUGGUUCAUGGACAGGAAAAUGAGGUGCGGGAGCUUGUCCAGCACACGCCAAAGCGUGAUAAGCAGUCCGAAAGACGCCCAGGCAAAGUUUCUCUCGAACCACAGCCACCACCAUCCUUGAUGCUUAACGCAGGGCCAGUGAACAACGGCCAUCACCAUAUGGCAUUUUCGAUGCCUCCUCAGUCUCCCAUGCAUUUCGACUGUGGCUCUGCAUUUGGCAGCGGUCACUCUCAGGCGGUACAGACCGCACCAACAUCCCAUACCUUUGAGCGAAUCCAGUUCCAGAAGGCAACAGCUAACAAUGGCAAACGUCGUGCGCAGCAACAGUUUUACCAGCUGGUGACCGAACUUUACGCCGAUGUCAGUGAUCCCAACUCGAAAUCGUCGCCACAGUGGAUCUUAGUUGCGAGGCGCCUUUCAUACCCCAUGGUUGUCCGAGGACGAUCUCCCGGCCAUUACAAGGAUGGACGGCGUGAAAGUACGACGAGCAUUGGACCCGAGAGCGACACCGGAGCUUCAGGAGACGGGCGAAUGAGCGGUCUUACUAACGGGAUGGUGCAAAGCACACGGCAACCGCCUCCUUUGCUUUCUACGUACGACCAAAGCCAUGGCCGACGAAUGACAGCCACCGAUCAGCCUCCAUUAACCGCAGGAUCCCUAGUUUCUUCAUCAUCUUCUUCACCCGGGUUUGACUUCGGAAUGAUGAACGAUUCCAUGAAUCCAAUGGAAACUAUGAAAGACACCAAUGUUGACGCUUAUGGCCAUCAGUCGUAUAACUCGGCUUCAGCUGUUCAGCGAAAGGUAUGCAUUGAACCGUCUGGCAUGCGCAGCCACAUGCCUGCUUUCAAUGACCCAAUUACUACAACAAAAAGCCAGGAUCCACAGGAUGGCGGAUAUGUCGAGCCUUUCGAGCCAAUGGUUUCCCUAAUGCAUCAUGACAACGCAGACAAUCAUUACUUCAAUCGCCAGGAUGACCAUGGGCUGAGGAACGGAAUGAAAAUGCAUAAUUCCUACACGAGUAGACCGACUGCUCACUACGCUCGUUAUUAA